UCUAAGGCUUUGCUAGCUGCUCGUAGUCUUCUGAUUCACCUUGAUGAGAUCGCCUCCUUUUCUGCCCCGAAUAAUAACAUUUCAUCAAGACCAGGGUUGUACAAACCAGGAGAUAUCCCUUCGCCUUCAAGCAGCCUUGGUCACUUCCUGACCCUUGGUGAGAGAAGUGUAAGUACUCGUGGCAACGGUGUUUGCAGAGGUAGUUGUGAUGACCUCAAGAUAACGGAGUUAAAAGCUAAACAAUCUACUUGCAAUGUAUCUACAAUGACCACCACCAGCACUGAGGGUUUAUACGCCAAUUCCUGGUACCUUAGCCGCUAUGGACUCUCUAAUGAAAAGACUUCCGGAAUUCCGUCUGCCACUGAAUCGACAGCAGCAACAACAGAAGGGAUUGGAAUCUCUUCUAUCGUGGCCGACUCGUUUGUCCAACAUGACCCUGUCUUUGCCCAAAACAUGACUAUUUGUCAUCCUCAUGAAUCAGUUUAUGGAUCACCUCAAAGCCAUCUGGGGCCAGAAGCGAUUCUAGGUUUAGGAUUUGGAAUCGGACUUCCUGCUGCCACUGCAGAUUCAGGGCUGGGUACUAGCUAUGCUCAUGAGGCGACACUCAUGCGCUCGCGCAGUGCUGAUGGGCCUAGCUUAUCUACACUGCCUGUUUCUUCAAUUUAUCCGGCCUCUAACAGGUCGCAUUGGGACCGAUUACAGGCGCCAAAUAAUCAAGGUCUUUCUGAAACUAUCGGACAAGACUCAGUCAGUUUUGACGACCUUACACUUUUCCAAUCACUUGAACUUCUUCCAUGGCCCAGCUCGGCCUCACUUUCUUCUAACUCCCCCGAUUCCUGUUCAUUUUCCUCUCAUUUACAUUCUCCCACCUUCCGUACUUCUUUCUUUCAUCCUCCUCCCCCUCCCCCUCUUCCUUCUCACCUUUCCCCAUUACUACCUCACAUCUCUCCCCCCGUAUUUUCACAGCCCUCGAAACAACCACAACCGGUUGAUGUUUUUCCCACCUCCGUAACCACACCCUUCAAUCUCAAUCAAUUAAGACCCCAUCCUAUCCCAUUCUGGUCAGAUCACGAGUAUCCCCAGGCUCUAGGACCUCAAGAAUCCCGGAACCCCGGUUCUCUUUGUUCCGGUAAGCAAAUUGGACGGAAUCCUCAACAGCAACAACGACUAGUCUCUAAUUCCUUGAACCUUUUGGCAGUAGAAGCUGGCCAGGAGGAUCAAGGAAAGCAUCGCAAGCCACAGCUCAACGACCAACGUGGGAGUCGUAAAACAAGAGGAAUACAUUUUUCUGAAGAUUCGAGUGACUGGUCUACAUCAUCUACAUCAGCUACCUCUUCAUACUCGUCUAGCCUGCAUGCUCGCACAAGGAAGGCUGGUUGUUCGUCUAGGCGCAAUCGACUGAACUCUAAAUACUCUUUCAUCACCAUCUCAUCAAGUGUUUCGUCUUCUGACACUUCAUCUGACAAUAUAUCGGGCCUUCAUUCGGAAAUAUAUCAUUCUGCUGCGCUGAAAAGUAGAAAUCAUGCGUCUGUAUCCAAAAACACUACUCAGUAUUUGUUCACUGAUUCAAUGAAGUGCACAAAAUCUGACUCGGUUUCACCAUCAUCCUCUUCUUCCUCCUCCUCUACCCCAUCUUCUUCAGACCACCUAUCCUCAAAAGUCUUGGCUAGCAAGCUAAAUAAGAGGCACCACAUCAUCAGGAAGACGGAGGGCAUGCCAAGUAAUAAAGAUCAAUUUUCUUUAAGUUAUUUUACUACAUAG